AGAUAGCUGGUGCCCCCCACCGGCUGACAGCUCCAGCCCUGCAGCCCCUGAGGCUGAAGCAGAAAAUGUCACGGAGAUCUCUGGUAGUCACAGAUUCUGUGACCUCUGUGACAUAAUCAUAGCCUUAGUUGUAAAGUUAGUUGUCCUUUCAGAUAAUUUGUUUGUUGUUGCCAUUUUUGACUUUUUCUUCCCUUUAUGGGACUCUUCCCCAGUGCAGGGUCUAUGCCCUAGCAAGUCAGGUUUAAGUACUGUGCUUCAUGCCCUUGUGCCUUCUCUGUGAGCAACAAGUUCCAGCCUUGCCUCCUGCUUGGGCCCAGCCCAUAUCACCGCUCACUGUUCCAUUUGCAGCUUGCUCCCACCUCGGACUCUGGAAGCUUGGGAGCUUUGCCUCUGUAAGUUCCUCAUGGAAUAGGCAAUGCAGCCACAUGCACCUUUGGAUUCGGCACUGGCGGAUCUGUCAGAGUGCCAAUUGGCAGCAGGCACUUCAUCUAGCCCUUCCUGCCUGGCACUAGUGGCACUGCUGCCUCUGCCCAAAUCCCACUGUGUGCAGAAGAAGCACACUCAUGGGCAAAAGGGCAGCUCACCAAUGGGGACUGCCACUAAAUACAACGUUGCCUCCCUGAGUCGUGCCAAGUCGCGCAUUGACUCUGAGACUCCCACUCCAAAGAAACCUUGUUGAAAGCAUAAAUCUAAACAUCGGAAGUUUUAUAUUUAAGUGUUAACUCUAUGUUAAUUGUGUGGAUGACAGUGAUACUUCAAAUUGUAAGAAUUUCAUGAGGAAGAAAACCGAAGUUUUAAGCCAGAAUGGGAGGGAGAUUUUGCAUUCACUAUUAAAGGUGGCAAGCCCCUGUGUCUUAUCUGCAAUGUAUCGCUCGCUCACUCACUACAAGUGAGCAACUUGAAACGUCACUACUAAACGAAUCACGAUAAUUUUUCGUCUAAAUUAAGGAAAAACAAGCUAACCCCAUUAAAAUUACACCUAAACAGUCAACAGAUACUACUUUCGGCAUUCAGUAAGGAAGCUGACACAAUGACUGAAACUAGUUUUGUUAUGUCAUGGAAUAUCGCUCGCGCUAACCGUCCAUAUUGUGAUGGAUAAUUUAAGAAGAAUAUUGCAGAAGCGUUUGCAAGUUUUGAUCCAAAUAACGCAAGACUUCAAUGACUAAUAAAGGAAAUUCCAAUUUUGUGCCACAUCAUGGAGAAACAGAUCUCCCAGAUCAGUGCUGAUGUUGCAAUCAAGAUGCAAAAUGAUCUAAAGAAUUCUCUAGCAUUCAGUCUAGCUGUGGACAAAUCCACAGAUAUACAAGAUAAACCACAUCUAGCUCUAUUUGUUUGCUGUAUUUCAGCAGAUGUAAUCAUGAGAGAAGAAAUGUUGGACUUAGUGGUGCUAAAAGAAACAACCUGUGGUGUUGGCAUAAAGAACGCACUUGAUGCAGCAUUGACAAAUGCCGAUGUAUCAUUGGAUAAACUUGAGUGUUUCAAUGGAUGGAGCACCUGAAAUGAUGUGGGGGGAAAGUAGGCCUUAUUGGAUCUUGAAAAGUGAUCCCAAAUUUCCAGAGUUUCUCCCUGUUCAUUGCAUUAUCCAUCAUGAACAUCUCACAGGCAGAUACUCGAAAUUGACAAUUUCCAAGCCCAUUUUCAUAACUUUUUUUUGUACUUCAUCUGCUCAAAUAGGAAGACCCAAUCAAGAGUUCAAAAAUUUUAUUGAAGAGCUGGCUCUUGAAGACAAACCUAUCCAUGUAUCUUUCUACUGUAUUGUGAGGUGGUUAUCAACCAGCAAUGUCUUAAAUAGGUUUAUGGAACUGUUGGAGCCUGUCAGUGCUUUCCUUGAAGAAAAGUCUUAUUCACAACUGAAAGAUGCACAGUGGAUGCAGGAUCUGAUGUUUUUCAUUGAUAUUAUGCAGCAUCUGCAAACUCUCGACUUGGCACUCCAUGGGAAGGAUAAGAUUAUUUCUGACCUUACUCAGACAGUCUUCAGCUUCCAAAAUAAGUUGAAGCUUCUGCAAAGAGACAUAGUGUCAAGAGACUUCAACCACGUUCCCUAUCUCAAGAGUAGGGUAAACACAUUCCCUGAAAUUGAAGAAGAUCACAAACUUGAGGAAUACAGAGGUAAAUUACAAGGACUGCUUGAUGACUUUCAGGCCAGGUUUAAAGAUAUGCAGAAGCUGAGAUCCUGCUUUGCCUUUUUUGUAAACCCAUUCAUGUUUGCUGUGAUCAACAAUGGCUGUCUGAUUCAUAGAAACUGAAUUGUUGGAACUGUAGGAGGACCAGGCUCUAAAGAUGAUGCAUACAUCAGUCUACAACUGAGUUCUGGAAGCAAGUGCCAGGAAUGAAGUAUCUCAGCUCAAGAAGAUUGGUAUGCAACUCUUUUUUUCAAUUUUUAGCACUACAUACUGCUGUGAAUCACUGUACUCCAUGAUGAUGUUCACAAAAUGGAAACAUUGUGUAAUCCAUACAAAUUAGCAUAUGACCAACCUCCUCCGUACCACCUUGACAGUAUAUCAACUGGAUUUCCAAAGACUUGCGUCCAGGAUGGAAACCCACAAGGCUUCUAGCUCUCUCAGUAAUUAGCCGUGAUACAGUAAGUAGGAUGCUAAUAUUUGUAAAAAUGCAUAUGUAAAGGUUGUGCAUGUCUUAUGAGUCUCAAACUACUGAAGAUUAUUGUAUGCGGCUCAGAGGGUCAGUAAGUUUGGCCAUCCCAAUCUAAAUGACAGGAGUUACUCAUCCCCAAACAUCUUCCUUUGACUAACUGGCAACUCCUGUUAAAUGUUCUCAGGAGCCUUAUAAACUAAGGGUGGAACUCUCACAGUUAUUUAGCUGAAAUGAAAUCAAUGGGAGUUACAUGCCCAAAUUUCUUUGUAAGAUCCCAUCUUAAGUCUACAGGCACUGCAUUGGAAGUUACUUUAGGCUAUGCCUGAUCCUUUAAGAUGCUUCAACUUCCCUAUUUCCAAUAUAUUUCUCUGUAGCUAAGGGUGCUCAGGUUGUUUUUAAUUCUAAGCCUGUCCUCCAAUCUGCUUGCAACCCCUUCCAGCUUGGUGUCAUCUGGAAAUUUUAUAAGUAUUCUCCACUGCAUUGUUGAAGUCAUUAAUGAAAAUAUUGAAUAGUAACAGACCCAGGACUGACCACACUAGAUUCACCCUCCCCGUGUGACAGUGAACAAUUAACACGGGCUUGAAUAGGGACUGGGAGUGGCUGGCUCACUACAAAAGCAAUUUUCC